CAUUCCAUUUCCAAUUUAUUCCUUAUUACACAAAAAGAAUUCCAAUGGCUCGUCGCACCUUUCCAUUUUCACCCUGUCUUAACAUUCUCCUCCUCCUCCUCUGUUUCUUGGCCAUUAGCACCAGAGCUCAAGUGCCAACAAACAAUACCUUCAAAAUUGUCAACACAGGUCCACUGGGAGAAUUCCAAAAUUUCGUACCCACAGCUGAAUAUGGGGCAACUUAUCGCAUCAUAACCAAUGAUGUCUAUGAUUUCUACACAUUCCCCUUCAGACUGUGUUUCUACAACACCACCCCAACUUCUUUCGUGCUUGGCAUUCGUGCUGGCAUCCCAGAUGACAAUGGCCUAAUGCGAUGGGUUUGGGACGCCAACCGCAACCACCCCGUGAAAGAAAACGCCGCCCUUUCUUUCGGCCGGGAUGGAAACUUGGUCCUAGCCGACUCUGACGGCAGCCUAGUGUGGCAAACCAACACGGCUAACAAGGGUGUCACGGGCAUCAAAUUACUCCAGAAUGGCAACCUUGUGCUGUAUGAUAAAAAGGGAAAGUUCAUUUGGCAAAGCUUUGAUUAUCCAGUUGAUUCGUUACUAGUUGGGCAGUCCCUUCGCGAGAGUGGCGUAAACAAGCUUGUCAGUCGAACUUCUGAUGUUGAUGGCUCCGAUGGAAAGUACAGCUUAGUGCUUGGAGAUGAUGGCCUCCUCUUGUAUCUAAACAACGCUGGCCAACAAGUUCGCUACAAUGGUUGGCCGGGGAAUUUUGGAAGUACCGUAAGGUUUAACACCCAACCUUCGACGUGGGAGCCUACUCCAAUAGCUUGGAACCUUAUCUUUGAAAUAUUCGAAUCGCCAGCACCAAAACCACAGGUUGAUGGGAUUCAACAACUCAGUAAAAUAAAUUACAAUGCAACGUACUCUUUUCUGAGGCUUGAAACUGAUGGCAAUGUCAAGGCUUAUACUUACUAUGACAAAGUCAGAUUUGAUAGAUGGAUGCAGACCUAUACUUUCUUUCCAAGUGAUCUUGCAACAGCAUGUGCUUUGCCGACAAAAUGUGGUAAUUUUGGAUUGUGCCAAAAUGGGAUGUGUGUGGCAUGUCCUACACCAAAAGGGCUCUUGGGAUGGACAGAAAAUUGUCAACCACCAAAGUUGGGCUCGUGUGGGAAGAAACCAAAGGCAAAAUAUUUCAAGCUUGAUGGGGUGCAAUCCUUCUUGAACCACCAGUGGUCUUCUGAUAGUCAAGAAGUCGAAAUGGAAUUUGGAGCAUGCAGAGACAAGUGCACCAAUGAUUGCAAUUGCAAGGGAUUUGUCUACAAGCAAGACACUUCGAAGUGCUUGCUUAUGCCGGUGCUUUUGACUCUCGCCAAAGAUGUCAACACCACUAGUGCAUAUGUCAAGUAUUGAUUUUGUGGAAAUCCUUAACUUAAGAGGAAAAAAAAAAUAAAACUGUUAAAAGUUAAAACUUGGUUUGGGUAAUUGUGAGCAUAGCAUUAAGUAUGAUUUGAGAGUUUUAUGCACCGAGUAAAGAAGCUUCGUGUUGAGCUUCUGCAAUAUUGUAUUGAUUAUGGCUCCUCUGGUUUGAUCGUAAGCCUUGUAUCCUGUUUGCAAUAAAUCCAAGCUGCCCAGAUUGGUAUUUUGCUUUUUCUUUCC